AUGGUCAACACAGACAAGAGUCGGAAACCAGCAAACAGAUAUGUUGAGGCUCCUGGACCAAUUUCAUUCUUGACCUUCGAGAGCCCCUCAGAGACAGAGAUCACCCUGCGCUGGGGAGCUCCAGACAAACCCAACGGGGCGCUCACAGGCUACCUGCUGCAGUACUACGAAACUGUGCCUGGGAUUUCGAGCCCACAACAGGUGGAAUCCAUCGAUCUGCCCCUUGUUACUGAGUUCACACUGAAGGGUCUGAAUCCUCAGAGCCUAUACCACUUUGAUCUUAGAGCACGCACCGCUGCUGGUGAUGGGGAACCUAUAGUAAGGGAGGGCGCCACCUUGCUGGAUGGAGAACCACCAUCUGCACUCAACAUAACUGCUGGACAAACAUCGGUUAAUGUCAGUUGGGUGCCAGGAGAAAGACGGCGUAACUUUGCCUUUAGCUUCCGUUACCUGAAAAAAAGUGCAGGUGGUGAAUGGGAAGAGUCGGAGAAGGUCAACUCCUCGCAGGCGUUCUAUCAGCUGCAGGGUCUGGCACCGGGCGUUCAGUACCACCUGCAGAUCCGGCCUGGAAACAACUCCUGGGAAUUCAAAACGGCUGGACCAGAGCUGCACGAGUUGUCCAGUAGCUUUGCGACUCAGGGCUGGUUCAUCGGACUCAUCAGCACCAUGGUUCUGCUGCUGCUGGUGCUGCUCAUUCUGUGCUACAUCAAGAAGAGCAAAGGAGGGAAGUAUUCAGUGAAAGAUAAAGAGGAGGAUCGGGUCAAUGCUGGGGCCCGCACAAUGAAAGAUGGAGAAUUUGGAGAGUACAGAUCUCUGGAGAGUGAUAACGAGAAGUGCUCCAUCAGUCAGCAGUCAGUCUGCGAGAGCAAGCGCAGCAGCAACGACAGUCUAGCCGACUACGGAGACAGUGUGGACAUCCAGUUUAACGAGGACGGCUCCUUCAUCGGCCAGUACAGCGGACGCAGAGAUCCGAACGGUCACGGCACUCACGGCAGCUCGGGCACCACGUCUCCCGUCAAUCCCAACAUGCCUCCGGCCAGCACCAGCUUUCCCACGUCUGUGACAGGAUUCCUGGGGCCAAACUAACACUCCACCCCCACACGCGCACACAUCCUUGACCAUCUGAAUGAGGGGCCCUGGUGGUAUUAGACAGGGUACUGAUUUCAGGACAGACAGUCGUUACUAUAUGAUGCAAGAAACAUCAUCUGCAAACACCGCCGGCUUCACUCUCACAUAAUAAUGACACGAAUAGCCUGCAGGACAGUUGCGUCUAACAUUCCAUCCAGGCACUGAAAACUGUUUACAAUAUGCUCACCUCGCUGCUUCAAGUGAUGUUUGGACUGUACAUUCUCCCUCACUGGACGUUUGUCCAGUUCUCUCGCUGAAUUUCUGUAGAAUAAGGUGUGAUAGACAACAGACACAAGCGAAUACAGCUGUUUGAGAGUGUAGAACAGACUGAGGCCUUGUUCACAUGGCGUAGGAGUGACUGUUCAGACGGUGUAGUCAGUGUUUCAGUCAGUACAGGCUAAGAUGCAUUUCCAGAAAUGUCAGACAAAAGAUACACCAAAAUGAACUGAUUUUGCUGCCUCUCUGAACAAUGCCUUAUGUCGAAUACAUCAGCUGAAAUAACUGCAGUCAACAGAAGUCAGAUCUGAAAAAUCUUUUAAUAUUCAUUAUGAUUUGAAGGCAUUCUUUUCCCAUUCACGAUUACAAAACGUGAAAAUCAUUUUAAGUAUGGUUUUUGUAUUAUUCUUACACGUUCUUACAUUGUUUUUAAUAUAUGAAAUACAUGUAUAUACAUCUUUUUGUUUUCAUUAAGGCUAAUAUAUUUGGUUUAGAUCAUGUUUUUAUUUAUUACUAUUAUUAUUUAAUUUUUUGCUUGUAAUGCGAUUGUCUUUAUGAAUUCAUGUUUUAUAAUACAGUAUGUAUGAACAUUAUUAAUCUGCCAUGUGUGUCUCUCUGUCUUAAUAAUCAAAGUUCAGGGCUUUUAACUGUGUAUCGUUUGUAUUGUUGUCCAAGUGUGUUACCCAAGCAAGUUUUUA